UUGCUGUCAGAGCAACAGUAAUAACGGAGCAGGGGCACGAGCUUGCGUGUGAAUAUCAGCUGAUCUCGCGAUAACCUCAACGCGAGACGCGUGUCUAGACGAUAUAUCGUUGGUUUUACAAAUUGUCGUCCGACGAAAUAAAACGAGACAGAGUGGUGUAUCAUAUUUCGUCGCAUGUGUCCUUGCUCAGGAAGACAUGUCCACUCCGCAGGAAGUAACGGAGACUCUGAUGGCGCAGGUGAACGAAUUGCAGACGCUGCAAUCGAUUUACCCGACCGAGCUGGUCGUGGCGGACCAUGGGGUUUUGGCUGACAUCAACGAGUACAUCGAGCGACCCGACAGGGAUCUACCACGAUGGCUAGAGUAUGCCAUCACGAUCCCGUUGAACGGAGAGAAUGUCGAGCUGUUGAUAAAUCUACCGACCAACUACCCGAAAGAACGGCCUGAAGCGUACGCAAGAGGCUCUCACCUGGACAGAACGCAGCAGUGUCUACUGAAUAAAGACCUUUCUGCCAUCGUGAAGGAUCAGGAGGAAGGAGAGGCUUGCAUUUACACACUGAUCUCGUGGUUGCAGGAUAACGCGGAAACUUAUCUCAAGGCUUCUGUAUGUAGCCAAGCGGAUAAACGCAGUGACGUCCCAAAUAGAGGCAACACGGACGAUCAGACCGCGGUAGUUUUCGCCAGAUACUGGAUUUACAGUCACCAUAUAUAUAGCAAAUUUAAACGGCGGGAUGUGGCGAGUUUAGCGAGGGAAAACUCUAUCACGGGAUUCUGCCUAGCUGGCAAGCCGGGGAUCAUUUGCAUGGAGGGAACCCUAGAAGACUGCGAUUACUGCUGGCAAAAGAUUAAAGUCAUGAACUGGCAGAGGAUAUUAAUAAAGCUGUUAGAGAAAGAAGAGAACUGUAUCAGAGAGAGUGUCGGCAACGUGCGCAAGUUUGCUGAUUUUCAGGAAGUAUCAUUUCCCACUACCGAGCGCCACAACGACAUGGGUCAGCUCUUCAAGUACUUAACUGACCAUGAUUGCCAGCACGCGUUCAAGGAACUGUUUGGCAUCGAAGGAAAGUUUAGCAAGUUUUCAGAUUAAUGUACGAUUGUUUGUGUAAAAAUGUAAAUAUGAUGAAAAAAUAUAUAAUUUUCUGUACAAUUAUCUUCAAUUAAUCCCAAAGAAUUUUGCAUGAUAUAUAUUUAAUAAAAUUUAUAUUGCAUAAUAAU